ACGGUAACGCGGAAGUGCACAGUUCAACAUGGCGCUGUCCUGCUCUAGCCUCUGCGCUCACCUGUCUUUGGCCAGAAUCUGUGGUUUCAGGAUCAGCAGGACAACAAACUGCCUUUACUCACCGUAUGUCUCCUGUCAGACCAGGUUGCCUCUUGGUAAACAAUACUACUCCACAUCCAAAGUAAGGAGAGGUAUUGGUCGAUAUGUUUCUUCAAAGCUCAAUUUUGCCAACGCUAAAUACGAAGGAUUUCUCAAAAGGCGGUUCCCCCGUUUUUAUCUGCUCCACCACACAUUUGUUGAAGGGUUCAAGUUACUCUUUCAAGAUGCAAAUGAGGUGAGGAGGAUUAAAUCAAAGCUCCGUAGUGAGCGGCUGCAGUACAAAGACCUGCCAUACAGAGAAAUGGAGAAACUCAGACAGUUUCGCAGAGAUCUGAUUAAAGCUAUCCCACUGGUGUUGAUCUCCAUCCCUCCCUUUGCAAAUUAUCUAGUCUUUGUCUUGAUGUACUUUUUCCCGCGUCAGCUGUUGAUCCCUCACUUCUGGACGCCGCAGCAGCAGGUCACGUUUCGGGGCAUUUAUCAUUCAAUGAGAGCGCAGCACUAUCCCACUGUACUGAGAGGACUGGAACACCACAAAGUAAAAGAAGAACCCUUACAAAAGUGCCUUAAAGACCUGUGUGCCAAAGUGCAAAGUGGAUCAACUCUAAAAGUGUCUGAAGUACUCGCAGUCCGAGGUCUGUUUUCUGGACCUCCCCUGGGCAUAAAGAGGAUGCACACUGAACAAAAGAGACAGUUGAGUCAUCUGCUCUUCCUCACCCCUCACCUGCCGGUGUUCGUGGUCGGUCGGAGGCUGAACAGUCACGCUCUGGAGCUGCUGUACUUGGACCGCGCCCUCAGCCGCUUGGGCCCUCAUCAGCUCAGUGAGACUGAGCUCAGACAGGCUUGUUAUUUAAGAGGACUCAAUUCUGACAGCCUCAAUGCUAACCAGUGCCGUGAAUGGCUGUCCCAGUGGCUUCAGGUUUCCUCUACUCUAAAAGAGUCAGAAGUGUCAUUGCUUUUGCACAACAUUGUUUUUCUAUCGACCAACUAUUCACAUAGGGCCAGACUACACUGACAGGAAGGAAACCAAUCAGCAUAAGGCAAGCUUGAAAAUGUAAAGGCCCUAAACCUUAAAGGAGACAUAUUACGCACAAAACUUGAGUUUUAACCUUAUUAUAAUAGUUUUCCCUGAUCAUUAGCUGACUCAGAGUGGUAUUUUGAUUAAUUCUUGCAUGUUUGAGUAAUCCUGUAUUGUCCGGUAUUGUUCUAUCCCCGACCACGACGCUGUACUUACUUGCAGUUCUUUGACAAAUUAGAGACAUGAGAAAGACAUAAGAAAAUGCUACUUAAUACUAAUACUAAUACUAUACUAAUACUUUUCCAAAACUAAAAAUACUUUACAUGAAACAUUUCUUGCUUGCUAUGAUAAAUUGCCACUAUGAAGAGGCAUGGCCAGCAGUAGAGAAUCAGUUUUGAACAGGAAGCCAAUUAUAAAAGCUGUUUUAGAUCAAUAUUGCAGUUUACAGAAUCUGAAAUAAGGCAUGGUGUUUAUGUUUAAUAUGUCUUCUUUAACCGUUUGUGUCUCUAUACAUAAGGUGUAUGUAAAAUAGAAUCCAAAAAUGUUAAAUAUCAAAAGAAUUUCUACAUUAUAACAGUUGAAUAGUAAGUGGUAUUUCACAAUAUGACAUAUUGAGAUUGGGAUCAAAGGUCAUGAAUCAAAUCAUAUUGCUUGUAAAAUCCACCAGCUAGCACAAAAGCCAUAGCCAAAACAAUCGAAGUAAACUGUACUAUUCUGUAAGAUUACUACUGAAUGAACCCCAACAGGUUAACAUCUUAAAGUCACAAUUCCGAUAUAUAUUUGGCUAGAUUUUGUCAUUGGAUUAUUUGCUUUUUGCUAUUCUAUGCUUUUGCCAGAAAAUCUUCACAUUAUUAUGUGGUUUAUAAUGAACAGAAUAUGAAAUGAUGCACUGUGUAUGUGAUAGUUUAUUAACCUGGCCCUCACCAGUUUGAUAUGUGUAGCCCUCUCAAUAGAGUUCUACACAUCAAUCUGGGAUGGCUCUCUGGGACCAAUCACAUGCAAACGAUUCAGCUGGAGCUGUUCAAGAUGGAUUCUCAAGAGUUUGUGAACUCAAAAAAAUUGUGAGAAUUAUUGUUGCUGGCAAGGCUAAUCAUAAAGUCAUAAUAUUGUUUAACCUUUCUCUAUACAUAAGAUAAGGUCACUGUUAUUACCAGGACAUACUGUACUGAGAUUGAGAUUAAACAUCAUGACAUAAAUUGAACAAAGUUGGCAAAGUCCAUCUUCCAUCCAUCAAGAAGUCAAAACAUCCAUAGAGAUGCUUUAGCUAAAACAAUAAAAGUGGAACAAAUACAUUAACUGCUGGAUAUCUACUGAUAAAUAGAUUUAUCACUGAAUCGCAGUUAAUAUUUUAGUCACAGUAUCCCAAUAUAUUUUGGGUAGAUUCUGAUUCAAUUUACUUUUUGCUACUCAAAGCUUUUGCCAUGUGUGCCAUAAUAUCUUCACACUUGGCAUUAUUAUGCUUAUCAUUAUUACUUUACAUAGAGAUAAGAAAAUGUAGUUUGUUGUCUUGAAAAAUACUUGCAGAUCCCAAAUAAGACGAGCAAAGUUGAUCAGAUCCAUUCCAGUUAUUUAAAAUAUAUUCACAGCAUAUAGAUAUCUCCUGUUUACUACAUGUACUGAAUCGUUACAUACCAUUACCUCAAAUGCAUUUACGUAGUUUAAAUAUAAACCUAUUGCCUUGUAUCUAAAGGUGGAUAAUGAUAUUGUGUUCAAGAUACAAUUAUUGAAGGUUUGUCACAUAUAUUAAUAUUGUCUAUAAUGAGAAAACUAUCAAAAAGCGGGAAGAAAAGACUGAAUACAAACAAGGUGAUACUGCACUUGUGAUUAAUUUUUAUAUUUGUUUUCACCUUUAGUGCAAUACCUAAGAAACACUUCUAAAAUAAAAAAAGUUAUUUAAUUGUUAUUGGAAAAAUUAAAAACCUAUUGAUAGAUUUAUUUAUUGUCAAUAUUGCCCUCUCUGCUUGUAUCUGUCUGCAUUGUGAACAGCAUGUGAAAGAAGAAUUUUAGUGGUUUUGAAGUAAGAAACCAGAGAUUAGAUAAAGUCUGUUGCGUAAAAGAAUUACACAAUUUGCAAUGACAUUCAUGUUCUUAAGUGGCUUCUCCUAUAGUAGUAUAGAUACUGACCAUCCCUGUUGAUUUAAGUGCAACACAGCAGUUGGAGCUGUCUAAAAAGAAAGACAGGCACUUUAUUUGAUGUUUACUUGAAAUUGUGUGCGAUUUACCUGCUUGGAUCACACUUGCACAAUAUUUUAUUUCAUGUUCUAGGUCUAUUUGAACAAAGGGGAAGUGCAUGUAGGUUGUUGGUUUGUGUUUUGUACAAUACAGUUCAUAUUCAUUUGUGUAUAUAUUCUGUGAAAUAAUUGUUAUGAAUGUAUUUUUUUUUGCUGUGCCAAAUUAUAAAAUUGAAAACUUA